GCACCAUCACUUUCCAGUAUUGGAUGUGCAUCGUCUGAAACACUUUCAAAUCAAGAGGACCUGCCGCCUAUUGAGGAAAGACUGGAAGAGGAUGAGCGCACCAUGGAUGCCUCUGAGGUUCUGGAGGAAAGUCUACAGAACAUGAGCAUCCAGGAUGCUGAAACCCAGCUCAUGAAAGAGCAGGAGAUAAAUGACCUAAUGAACAGUGUAAUUAAUUGGGGUGACAGUAAUGAUGAGGAGAUUGAAGCAGAUGACAGUGAAGGUGAGGACUAUGUCCCUCGUAUUUGUAUUCGGUUGGGUGGAGCAUUGCAGGCACCACCAUGCCUUGACAAUCUGCCUGUGAUAGAUGCCAGUGAGACAGUACAUGACAUCCGGGAUGUAGAGCCUCCAUCAGUCACCUUACCUCCACUUCAACAACCUGACUUUCCUGAUACACUGUGCGUCAUGACUGAAGAUGACCUAAUCGGGAAACGGGCCUCCAUCACUUAUGAGGACUGUUUGAAGCAGCUUGCAACAUUCCUUGUGCUUCCAGUCCAAAGAUGCCCAUACACAUGUGACGUCAGCCAAGUGGAGUGUCGGUGUCGCCCUCCAUUUGAAGUUUCCUUUACGCGCAGGGGUACUGCAAGCAUCAUGGAAUGGACCUGCCCUGUUGGCCACACUGUAUGGAGAUGGAGCUCACAGCCCACUGUGAGGUACGGGAUGCUGGCAGGGGACUUCAUGUUGGCAAGCAACAUUCUACUUUCAGGAAGCAACUACGCCAAAGUCUCGCUUCUGUUUCAGUUCAUGAACAUGGGGAUGGUGGACCGUAGUUCCUUUUUCACAAUUCAGGACACGUACGGUAUAGACACUGUAAAGGAGUUUUGGGAGGAGAGGAGGGCUGAGGCAAUACAUCGCCUAAAAGACAGAGAUGUGGUGAUAGUAGCGGAUGGAAGAAUGGACAGCCCUGGACAUUGCGCCCAGUACUGUACAUACACUGCCAUGGAGAACGAAUCCAGGGAAAUCCUCUCCGUCAUCACUGUGGACAAAAGGGAGACUGGGCGAAAUUCUGUGAUCAUGGAGAGAGAGGCAUUUGUGCGGACAGUGGACACUCUUUUGAAUGAAGUCAAACUAGUGGAGGUCUGCACUGAUGCCCAUGUCCAGAUCUCCGCACUAAUGAAGGAGGCUGCCAGCAUGCAGACUUGGAAUCUGGUGGAGCUCAACAGUGGCUUGAGCGAGGCUCCAUGGCACACGAGGCUCUGAAGAGCAUCGUUCGAAACAAGCGGUAGCUUAAUGAGGUCCACAAAUACCUACACUUUAGGUCUACUGUUGAUCUGGAGUCCUUCCAGAACCAUAUUUUAAUGUACACUAGCAAGCGCACAACAUUUAGCCCUCCUGUCUUUGAGGCCAGGAUGCUCCUUGCAGCAAUAGACUACAAUUACCACAAGGACCGCCCAGAGUUGUGCAAAUCUGAUGGAAGCAAACAGUACAGGAGGCUGUACAAAAAGAAUGCUCGCAGGUAUAUGCUUUACACUCUGAAGGCAUCCAAGACGUAUGGCUACAUCUCAGAACUGCAAGCUAUGAUCCUUCAAAAGAGAUUAGCUGGUAAGGGGAUGCCCAGACAGAGGACACUACGACCUGAUGACCCCCGAAGGUACGGCCUACUUCCCCCUGUGCCGGCACCAACCAUUGAGGAACUCCUGCACACCCAAGUCAGGAGAGGUCUUGGUGGGCCAAGCACAGGUGUGGCACAGGUGUGGCGCGACGCGUGUGAUUACUUCCUGGAUCGUGAGCUUUAAGAUCUCGUCAGACCUGGUUGUGGAGGCCGCCGCUUAUCCUCCUCUCCCGCACCAUUUUGGCUAUUUGUUUCUUUACGCACAACACCUCAAUUCUCAUAUCGCAUACACUUUUAUUUCCCAACCUAUCAUUUAUACUGACUUUACUUAACCUACGUUGUUAAUUAGUUACGUUAGUUGGACUAGGAAGGACCCUCUUCUGCGUGGCAGGAAUGUACAGGUUCUUCUGCACACAGGGCAGAUCUCGAACAGGCUGAAGAGGCAUUGCUCAAAAACAAUGUAUUUUGCAUCGCCAUAUGAAGUCACUGGUGAUGUACUACAAAAGAUAAUAAAGAAAAAACAACAUUGUCCAUCUCAGUCAAAAAUCUGUCAAAAAACAAUUGUACUGUCUGACAACAGUCACAAUGCAUAUAAAUAGCACUGCUGCAUUGUGAGAGUUGUAACUUUACUUACAAAAGCUGAGAUGAUUCUGUCUCCAUUGUAGCAGACUGUGCAGGAUCGUAUGUGGAAUCUUGAGGAUCAGUGCAUGCAGAGGAAACAUCUUCCACCUCCUCCUCAAAUUCAAGGCGAGGUCUCUUUGCUGGCCUCUGACCCUUCAAAGGAGUUGAAGAGAAUGGCCCAGAGACUGAAGGAGCCGUUGUGCCUACUGCCACACUUUGGCAUUGCGGCGUUGCCUGUAUGCCUU